CAAGUCAAACAAUGAACCCUUCGUCCAACUUCACACAAGGCCUAACCCAUGGUAAACCCAAGGGUUGGUCGACUGAUCUAUGCGAAUGUUGGAGGGACAUAAACUCAUGUUGCCUGACUUGUUGGUGUCCAUGUGUUGCCUUUGGACGCAUCGCCGAGAUUGUAGACAGAGGAGGAUCAUCUUGUGGUGUGAGCGGAGCGAUGUACAUGAUCAUAUUCAUGCUUACUGGAUACGCAGGGAGUAGUCUCUACUCUUGCUUUUACCGAACCAAACUUAGAGGCCAGUACAAUCUCAAGGAGAGGCCAUGCUGUGAUUGUUGCGUCCAUUUUUGCUGCGAGCCGUGCGCUCUUUGUCAAGAGUAUAGGCAACUUGAACACAAACGCGCCUUCGACUUGUCCAUUGGGUGGCAUGGGAACAUGGAACGACAGGCACGAAUGGCUAUGUCUGCUUCUGCAUCUGCGGUUCCUCCAGUUCUUCAACCGCCCAUGUCUAGGUUGAAUUAGAUUGGUUCUUAUCUGUUUUAACUAUUAGUUGUUUGGAUCCUGUGACGUAAUUUGUAUUAUUUCGUAAUUGUCAUUCAUUACUUCUCCGAUUUAAACUGUGUCUAUUGUAAGAAAGUAAA